GGAACAUGUUUUUCUAGAAAAUGUGCCAAAUAUUUUACUUUUAUGCGAACCAGAUAGAAAAUAAAAAUAAAUUUUUGUUGAUGUGUAGUACUUUGGCACCUAUUGGAGAUGCUAUUACGGAGAAAAAGUCUUGCGCUAAACCUCUACUGCCACCCUCCAUAAUAUAUUAGCCUUGAUUCAGAAGAGUUCGGACGAUGAAACCUCUAAUGCUGUUCGGAAGACUUUCUGGUAAUUAUUCUCAUUCUCUUUCGUCUUCUUCUUUCAUUUCUCUUUUAGGGCUUUUCACUCCUCAAUUUCGUACUUAUCAUUCCAACUAUGGCAAUGCUAAACAAUUGGAGAAAUCGAUUCGAACCGGCUGUAGAACUGGAAGCCUUGAGGUACAACAACUUUUAAGUCUUUAUAAUUCCAUGAUUCAAAUGCAACCCAUUCCCUCUGUUUGGGUUCUUAAUGAUUUGCUUGGGGCACUCUCCAAGAAGAACCAAUACUCCACUGUUGUUUCUCUGUACAAACAGUUGUCUUUGCGUUGUCGUCAUUUUCAUCCAAAUGUCUAUACUCUCACCAUUGUUAUCAAAUGCCUGUGUCGUUUGAAGAAGACGAGUUUAGGGUUCUCUGUUUUGGCAAUUUUCUAUAAACACGGCCUUUACCCAAAUGGCCAUACCCUAAGUACUCUGCUUCACGGGCUUUGUAUGGAAGGCUCCAUUUUUGAAGCCCUUGAGUUGUUUCACAAAAUUGUAGACAAGGAAUUCCCAUGUGAUGAAUUUAUUUAUGCAAUAAUCAUUAAUGGGCUCUGUAAAGCCGGAGAAACUAACAAGGCAAUUAAGGUGCUUAGGCAAAUUUACUACCAUCAGAAGCUUAGUCCCACUGUUGAAUGUUUCAAUCCCAUCAUUAAUAGUCUUUGUAGAGAUGGUGAUAUAGAUAAGGCGACGAGCCUAUUCCAAGAAAUGAUCAGUUGUGGUUUUCCUCCGAAUGCUGUAACUUAUACUUCUUUGAUUCAUGGAUUAUGCAAAUUUGGUAAUUGGGAAGAAGCCAAUAGACUCUUAAUUAACAUGACUGAGUCUGGGAUUUCACUUGAUGUAUAUACAUAUAGUAUUGUAAUUGAUUCCCUUUGCAAGCAAGAGAAACCUCAAAAAGCAAUUUUAUUGUUUGAAUCGAUGACUGAUAAAGGUGUGGAGCCUAAUGUUGUCAUAUAUACUUCACUCAUUUCUGCUCUAUCUAAGGAAGGGAAAACAAAGAAAUCCUUUGAUCUAAUGGAAGUAAUGACUAAUAGAGGUCUUAAGCCUGAUGUCAUUACUUAUACCUCUUUACUUCAUGGAUUGUGUGAUUCAGGUAAAUGGGGGGAAGCCUUCAUGUUGUUAGCUAAAAUGAAGGAACAAGAUGUUAGGCCAAAUCUUGUGACAUUCAAUGUUCUCAUAGAUGCUCUUUGCAAAGAUGGAAAUAUGAAAGAAGCUUUUGACGUGUUUGAUUUAAUGACUCGGUGGAAUUUAAAACCAAAUAUUAUCACUUACACUUCUUUACUUAGUGGAUUGAGUCAUUCAGGUAGCUUGGAAGAAAUCGGCAGGGUGUUUGAGAACAUGCUGAGUGAGAAUAUCCACCCUAACAUUAUAACUAUCACCGUUCUCAUAGAUGCUUACUCCAAAAGAGGUAUGAUGGACAAGGCUCAGAAGAUAUUUGAUGAAAUGAUUCACCAUGGUGAGAAACCUAAUACCAUAACUUAUAAUAAAAUGAUCAAAGGGUAUUGUUUGCUACAAAAGGUAGACAAGGCUGAAGAGAUGUUUCGACAAAUGUUAUUGAAAGGUGUUCUGCCAGAUUUUAACUCCUAUUGCACCAUGGUUGAAGCCUAUAUGAUGAUUGACCAAACAGACAUUGCUCUCAAGUUUAGUAAAGAAAUGAUUGAGAAAGGCUUGGUGCCUGAUCAUGUAAGACAAAAUAUUGUGACGAAGGAUUUUCUUGGCAGAAUUAAGUUAUGAGUGUAUUAAGUCUUCGUGCAUUAGAAUUUGAACUUAUUAUUAUGAUGAAAAAUAUUUUAUUUUUCCGGUGAGGUGGUGGUGGUGGUUGUUGUGAAGGAAGAGUUCCUAGGGGUUUACAUGAGGGCUUAUGAGAAAAUCACAUUGCUUGGAGAUGUAAAAUUUAUGUGGCUGACACUGAAAGUAUCGGGAAAUGGGCCAUGAUGACGAUGACACAUGUUUGAUAUAGUUUCGGAGGUAUAUUGUGAACUCAGCUCACUUUUGAGUGAUGGAGACUUGUGCUGUAAUAGAUGCAAUAUGGUAUUGUGUCCACUUCUGUCACACCAUAUUUUAGUUCCUCAGAUUUGCAGCAGGAGUUAGAGAUUACAAAUCUGUCCUCUGGUUUAUUUUACGCUAAUUGCUAUGAUAUCAUUCCCCCUUUGUCAUAUGGGUCAGCUACCACUAUUGGAUGAGGUUACUUUAUUUCUUUUCUACUUCAUCAAGGUAAAUCUUAAUUAAUUGUCUGUUAAUGGUCUCAACCUGUUUUUGUUUUUCCCUGUUUGGUACGGACUGAUCUACAGUUGUUGAUGAAACUGUCUACACACUGACUAAUUUUUUCUAAGGGAAUAGUAUUAUGGCAACAUUUGAGGG